CAUGCUGAAAGCAGAUCACGGGACAGCGUGGGAACAAGGAGCGCAACAUUCGGCUUCGACGCUUAUGAGGUGUGAUGUGUAAGUGUAGUUAGUCGUAGACCGGCCUAAAUAGAACUAGAAACAUAGGCGUAUUCUUACAUAAUUCGCUCAAUGAGCCCGCGUUGUUUCGAAGUCACAAAAUUUGAAUUUUGUUUCUUCAUUUCUCCCUCGCUUCCACCAGCAACCGCUUUGCAAUCGGUCGGCUACUUGACCUUGGUACCGUCCGCACGAGCGAGUGUGGCAUCCACAGGGAGUCGAAGUGCUAACA